AUGACAAGUGUUGAUGUGGAUGAAUUCGUGCAAAAGGGAUUAGAUGAGGCCGAGAAAGAAUUUGAGGCUGAAUCGGCGAAAAGGAACGCUCAACGUGAAUUGGAAGUCGUUUCUGCACAACGCUAUUGGAUUGCCAUGGGAACUAGGACCGAUAUUGUUUCUGAUAAGCUUCGCCAUUUGUUCCCGGCUAGUGUAUCGGCUCGUCUCAUCUCAGAAACGCUGAACGAUAAGAAAUCGACAUUCUCGAUGAAAGAAAAGAUCAAAUCCUGGGAGUCGUUGGACGAGGCGAUGAUCGGCAGCUUGCUGCUUUUGGCUGGUGAACUCAUUCGAUCGCAUAAUAUGGGCACGACGAUGCUGAACGCGGAACCGCUUCUCCAAGGAUGUCUCAACGUUUUGAGCACUAAUGCGACGAGUCGGCGAGACAGCGAAGAGAAACCACCUGAGGCAACACCACGACGGCGUCGCGUUCGACUGAUGUCGCUGAGUGGACGGCCGAAGGGAAGCGAUGCUUUAUUGGUCUGUACUCUCACUUGUGUGCAACGGAUUGUCGACAAAUUUGCAUCUUUUGUUGCGCCACACUUCACGGCGAUUCUCCUGCAUUUCUCACGGCUUUCUCACGGAUUCAAUUUUCAUGCAAAACUUAUCAAAAUUUUGAUUUUUGAGUCGAAUUUUGAGAGUCGAGUUUCAAGUUUGGGGAAUAAAUGUGUUAAACUGCGUUUGGAA